AUGACCCAAAUUUGUCAAUUUUUGUUUGUUUUUUCCCUAUAUUUUCUGUGUUUUUCUGUGGCAAGGAAGCAUAACCAGAUCACCAAACUCAACAAAUUGACCGAGUCAAGAAGAUCAGAGAAUCCGCCAGCUGGGGAACCGUGGACAGAACAAGAUAUUUCAAACUUCUCUCCUGUACUUCGUAUUGCACCUCAACAAGGAUCAAAGGAAGAAGAUAGGGUUGACAGGCUGCCAGGUCAACCACAAGUGGACUUUGAUCAUUUUGCAGGCUAUAUAACAGUCGAUUUACAGGCUGGAAGGGCAUUGUUCUAUUACUUUGUUGAAUCACCUCACAAUUCAUCAACCAAACCUCUACUCCUAUGGCUCAAUGGAGGGCCAGGAUGCUCGUCGUUUGGAUAUGGAGCCAUGGAAGAACUUGGGCCCUUCCGUGUCAACAGUGAUGGAAAAACACUCUACCGCAACCACUAUGCAUGGAACAAUGUGGCCAAUGUACUAUUCUUGGAGUCGCCAGCUGGAGUGGGAUUCUCGUAUUCAAACAGAUCAUCUGACUACACGACAGGCGAUAACCAGACAGCUAAAGAUUCUUACACUUUUCUAGUCAACUGGCUUGAAAGAUUCCCUGAAUACAAAACCAGAGAUUUCUUUAUUGCAGGUGAAAGCUAUGCUGGUCACUAUGUACCUCAACUCGCAUCCCUCAUUCACUUGGAAAACAAGAAAACAAACCAAACGAUUAUUAAUCUUCACGGGAUUGCAAUUGGGAAUGCUUGGUUAGAGGACAGUACAACUAUUCAAGGGAUGCUAGACUACUUAUGGACACAUGCCCUAAUGUCCGAUGAGACAUAUGCAGGAAUUAAAAGGUACUGUGACUAUGUUUCUGGAAAUUUUCCAGAAAAGUGCUAUCAGUAUGUAAGCCAAGGACUAAGCGAAGUUGGUAAAAUUGAUAUAUACAACAUCUAUGCACCACUAUGUGAUGGAACUAGAAAAACACUUCAAUCUACUGGAUCUGUCAAGAACUUUGAUCCUUGCUCUAGUCGUUAUGUGUCUUCAUAUCUGAAUCGAGCAAAAGUGCAAGAAGCUCUUCAUGCCCGAAAUACAUCAUGGUCACAUUGCAGCGAUUAUGAAUGGACAGAUAGCCCAACGACUGUUUUGCCUACUAUCAAUCAGCUAAUUGCAUAUGGUAUUAGAGUCUGGAUAUUCAGUGGUGACACUGAUGGAAUGAUCCCAGUAACAUCCUCAAAGUACUCCGUGAAUAAGUUAAAGCUUCCGAUAGAGUCUGCUUGGAGACCGUGGUACUAUAAUGGAGAGGUGGGAGGAUAUGUGGUAGGUUACAAAGGAAUUAUACUUACCACAGUAAGAGGCGCAGGGCAUGCAGUCCCUAGCUACCAGCCAGAAAGAGCAUUGCUCUUGAUUUCAUCAUUCCUUCAUGGUAAAUUGCCACCAUCUUUGACUGGAUAAUCAUCAUUAACCAUUUUCCGGAUGAAAAAAGACAAGUUAUAAGCAAGUGGUAUCCAAUCGUAUUGGGAAUAUAACAAGCUUAUUUAGAGCAUGCAAAGUUUAUAUACAAUAACAAAUAUGUCUCUUUAAUCAUUUUCUAAGGCUUUAAAAUAAUGAAAAUGGAAGGAAAUUUGUCAAUUCAAUCGAACCUUCAGAGCCAACCUAUUUUCCUUUCAUUGCAAUGAAAUUAGCCAUUCUAUUCCUUCCCUAAUCCCUACUGGAAAAUUGAUUUUAACCAAUUUCCAAAAAUUAGGGUGUUCCCAAUUUUAGGCAUGAAUUUUGAACCCUAACUGU